AUGGCGUACACGUCACACACACCGGCCACGGUGGACGAUUAUUAUGGAGGCGGCGGUGGCGGUGGACUGGUGGCCGACUACGACAUGCCGCAAUGUUUGGGUGGACGGCCACCGCUGGAACCCGCGUACGCGGCUGAGUGCGGCGUGUACUACGAAAAAAACGCGGCCGUGGUGACUGAUUACAGGUCGUAUUACGGUACGGGCUGUGACGGGACGUACGAUCAGUUGACCGCGGCCGACGGCGGUUAUAACCACCUUCACCAUCAUCAUCAUUCCGGCCACGGUCACGACCAUCACAAUCACCACCAUCACAAUCAUCACCCGCAGUCGGCCGAAGCGGCCGUCAUUAUCACGUCGUCCGACGGACUGAGUUACACGAACUUGGACUGUAACGGCGUGGCAGCGGCCGUACACCUGCACGGCGUUCAAGAUUACGGCGCGUACUCGGACGACGGUAGCGGUGGUUACAACGGUUACGGUGGUGGCCACCGGGAAGACAAUAACGGCCGCAACGGUGGUGAAUCCUAUUGUGGUGGUAGUGGUGCGUCCGUGGAUAACGCGUUUUUCAACAUGCAUCUAAACCACAACGAUCAGGUCGUUCGUCAACCGGCACAGCAGCCGCGACCGCCGUCCGCCACGCAGCCACCACCACCGGUGCAAUCAUCAACGCAACCAACGGCCGCCACCGUGCAACAACAGACACCGACUUCUACGUCCGGCGAUGACCGCGGCUGUCUUCGCGUCAUCAAACAAGAGGUCACCUACGGUGGACAGGACACUUCUUCGCCGUACAACGAUGACGCGUCCGCGUACCACGUUACGUUGGGCGGUGGCCAGCCGCAACAGCAACAGCACGCCCAGCACCAGCAUCAGCAACAACAACACCAUCACCAUCACCACCAUCACCAGCAGCAGCAGCAGCAGCAGCAGCAGCAGCAACAGCAACAACAGCAGCAGCAUCACCACCAUCACAAUCAACACCAACCACAGCAACAACACUGCAGACAAAAUGGUUCGGGCGCACAACAAAAACCCGGGCCCGUCUCCGUGGCCGCGUCAGCCGUCCAAACGGCCGUGCCCACUUACAAGUGGAUGCAAGUCAAGCGAAACGUUCCUAAGCCAGCUGGUAAGUUCCUAUACACUUUUUAUUUAAUCGGUGCGACUACUUAAACUUUCAUGUACAUCCUAUUUUACGCGGAAAAAAAAAAUCUUAAUUUUGAAAAUAUUUACUGUGGUUUGCUUUUAAAACGCCCGAAUUAAUUUGUACGACGAGCUGUGUCACGACAAGGGAGUAAGUAUGUUGUUUUCAGAUUUCGAAUUGGGCGAAAUUAUUGAUUAUCCACAAAUUGUUUUAUUAUUAUUAUUGGUAUGGUUUUAUGUGUUUUAUAUUUUCGGGUAUGUAUAUAGAAAUCGUGUUUCAAAAGUUUACCAUCCCCCGGUUUUCCGUUUAUAAAAAAUAACGGACACAGAUGCCACUUUAGACAGGUUUUUUGUUGAGAAGUUAAAUUAUUAGAAGGUUUGCCACUUGUGAAAAAUGCUUGUAAAACUUUGUAAAACUCGACUGUCGAAACCUCGAAUUUUCACCGAUUUACGAUAGCGUUUUUGACUCACUACCACUGCUGUAUAAUAUCAAGUGUAUAACCGGUUGUCCAAUCGAAAUUGCCGUUUUAACAAAAUUCACACCGGAUUCGGAUUUUUCUCACCGACGACGACGACGAUUAUUGAUUGCCGGUUAGAGGCGCCGAAUUUUUCGGAAGCCGACGGAAACCCAAUAGAUAAUUAUAUUUUGACAACAAACCGUAUACAAGGAAUCAUAUGAUUAAUCGUAUAGAACUACGAUUGUGCACUUAACACCGGUAGUAUAAUACUGUAACGACGUCCGGAGAAGAGGGCCGACGGUGCUCAGUGGGCGUUUGUUAGAAUACUAUAACAUAUAAUAAUACAACAAUAUCGAUAACCGUGUUUUCGGUAACCGUGUUCGAGUUAUUAAUUCGGGGAAGAAACCGACCGUGCGAAAAACUAAUAUAACAUAAUAUUAUUAUCAGUAUUAGAACUUUUCAAUUAUCAUAUAAUCGGCAAAUCGUAUCAGUGGCGUAGCUGAUUAUUGAAGGAUUUUUAAUUGAGAGUGGUGCUAAAUACGUUUUAGCCGGAGACACGGACGGAGAAAAAAAAGCAAAGAAGAGAAAGGUUUCGACCUUCCAGAUAAUUUAAAAAGAUGUUUUCAUCGAUAUGCAUUUUAAUGUAACACGCAAAAGACAUUAAUGAAAACAAUAUAAAAUUACUUCUUUAAUAUAGUUAAAUAUAAUUUUUCUAUAAUUUUUUUUUUUUAAGGAAAGUAUAGCUAUUAGAGGGGAGUACGUGUACGUAAUACACAAUUUAUGUUGAGACACACACUAAAUUCUUUUUUCAGUAUUAAAAUUAUGUUUAUUUUUUUUCUGUUAGCAACACAGACAUUUUGCUUCGAUUUUCAAGUGUAGUUUAUUAUACUUUAGCUACAGCUAGGGAGGUCAUUUUUUGAUUUUCUUAGAGGUUUUCAUAAUAAAUGAGAAAAAUCGUAAAAAUCGUAGGAUAAAUGGGAAAAUUUACGAAAUGUAUUAAUUUCAAAUCGCAAAUAUUACGGCUUUUCAAAACAUGUAUAAACGAAUUCCGUUCAGAAUCGUUUUUCAUUAGCAAUGAUUAAUCGUUGAUUAAUCUCCUACCCAGUUACGAAUCCGCGUCAUAUUUUGAACCCGAAUUUAAGGUUGAGCUAUGAUUUUAGACGCAAUCGAUAUAUCGGUCUUACUCGUCUUGAGGUGUCUAACGACCCAUAGUAUUAGUUUAUUUUAGGUGUUAUGUACGCGCAUGAUAUAUGUAAAACAAAGAUCGGGGACCAUAUCCGUUUCGCGGCAGUAAAUCGCCGGCUAAACACAAAAAUAAUACUAAAACGGACGGCCGAGUAAUUCGAUACUCGACUAUAUCCCAUACGCUUCGUAUCCUAUCGUACAUUAUAUAGGUGGGUAUUGUUUUCCGAGGAAACGCGUUCAACUGUCACGCGAUAUUUACCGACAAUGUAUUUCCGUAAAAUAGGUCCGAGAAUGACAGGAGUUCCAAGGAUAAUCAACUUUGUGAAAACACAAAGAAUCGAAUGGUUUGGAUACACGAUGAGAAGAUCAGACUCAGAGUACCUGAAUGCGGCGGUCGAGUGGAAACCCACAGGGAAGAGACCACGAGGAUGUCCAAAGAAGCGUUAGAUAGAUGGAAUAAAGCAGAACUUAGAGAAAUUAGGGAUAUUAAAUUGGGGAAAAAAGUCCAAAAUCGAGGGGAGUGUAAGGAGGUGUCGGUUGCGGCAAAAAUUCUCGAAGAGUAG